CUUUUGCGGGAUGUCGAGGACAAGGAGAACGACAAGACAAAGAACGAUAAGAGAAAGCGAGACGGAUCUAUCGGCGACCAAGAUGAUUUUCCCUCUCCUAAGCUUAGGGACGAGGACACACAAUCGACCGCGGAAGAACCUCCACUAAGUGACAUCCUAGAUCUGGGUAAACACAAGGCUGAGGUUAACGCCAAGAAGAAGGUAGUUCAGGCUGAUCCGACAAAACUACAGACCUUAUCAGGGCUUCAGAGGUUUGAGAUGGAUGAUUGGAAAGACAUUAGGUAUGGCGAUACUCUUAGAGAAUUUUCAGCCUCACCGGGAUUCACAGAGCUCAAGGUCAACGAAGAGCUCUGCUACCUAGACAAAGGUAAGGACUAUCAACAGUCAACCGAGCGGUUGCUAGCAGGUCUAGCUAACGCAGUAUUGACGCAGGACAUAAUCGAAUGGGCUAACCAGUAUCCAUAUGGUAUAGGUUCUCAAGAUUUAAUAAACAUGUUUAUCCUAAACUUUGGGGAAAAAUCGGAAACCUUCCGUAAUUCUGAAAAGAUGUUACAGAUAAUUUGCGGAAAGAGGGCCUCUUAUAUUGAAGCGAGACGAGAGAGGAUAAUUAAUGAGGCACCGAACAAACAGGUUCAAGGAGCGCUGAAGAGAAUUCCUCUUAGUCCUGAGUACCUUUUCGGUAAGGAAAAGCUUUCCUCCUUAAUUACUUCUUUAGGAGUCGCGCAGACCUGGUUUAAAAAGCCGGCACACAGCAGUGGUAAGCAGAGCGGCUCUAACAGUUUUAGCAGGAUUCCAAGACGUGAUAACUCCUACACACUGAGAGCUUCUCAAACAUCAACUAGUAGACUUGACCAGGCCAGGCCACAGUACAGAAAAAUAUUCACCAAGAAGGAUUCAGCCAAGCUUAAGCAGUCGAAUACAUUUCGUAAGAAAGACAGCAGGUGA